AUGUCCGAGUGGAUAGAGGAGGCGGAGACAGUCACCUACGACACAUCUGAGCUUCCGAAGGAGUCGGCAGCAGAUGUGCUUGCUAGUUUGUCCGCGGAUGAGGCCAUAAGGAGGCUCCGGAUGCAUUGCGUCAGCAUAAGCGCACAUCAAAAAGCUCUCGCAGAGGCGGAGAAGCGCCUGGACGAACUGAAGGCGCUGGGCCUGAAAAAUGUGAACACUAGUCAACUGGAGGCUGCUAUUGCAGAAACAAAGGAACGCAUAGCGAUCAUGCUUGAGGCUGCAAGGAAGCGGGAGGAACUGCUGUUGUCGCAAAACAAGGCCCAAGAUAAUGUGAAUUCUGCCUUAGAAAAUUUCGAAGUAUGGUUGGACGAUUCUGACAAUCUCCUCGACAGCAGUCGUCAGGCUAUUCUGGGUGAAGGACCGUCUCUCGACCUGGCCAGCCUCGAGCGAAAGUUGGCGCUUCAGGAGGCCUUUUCAGAGAACCAGUCAGAGGGCGAAAAGCUGUUUGAGCUUGCUACCAGUGCCUUCGAUGACAUGGUAAGUUUGUGGCCCAAAGUGACUCCCGCGGAAAUGCUGAAUUCGGAAGUCUUUUCGGGCAUUCAUGAUACAGUCAAGCGGAUGGAGUCGGCCCGUGAACGUUACGAGUCUUUGCUUCGGAGGGCACAGACGGCCGUGCUUGCUCUUCGUUUUGUCGUCACGGACAAGCGCAUAGAGGCGAAGUUGAAAGAGGCCUCGGAAAAGUUGAGAAUCGAAGAAGUUCGUAUCGAGAAUGGAGAGGUUGUUACGGACAUCUUAAACGAUCACGAGGAAUAUUUUACAAGUGACCUGAUGGAAAGGGUUCCUGCAAUGCUGAGCGAUAUGAAGCAGAUAACUGAACAGUUGGUCGAACUGGAGUCUGAAUUCGUUGAAGAUUUUGCGAAACGAACUGAGGUGCGAAGUGAAACCUUCUUCAUUGUGACUGCGCGCGCUGAAAAGUUGGCGAAAAAUAUGCGUUUCCUGCCCGAUCGAUGGCUCGACUUCGACGCCAAGCUAUCCGGGCUGGUUAAAUGGACGAACGAGUUGGAGAGUCUGGCUGGACGCCUUCGUGAGGAGGGCGCAGCGGGCGAACAGGAACUCCUGGAGGCCAGCGUGGCUGCAGAUAUAGCCGCCCGAUAUCGUGCGAUGUUGAUGCGCUUUGAGGAACUGGCCGACUCGACUGAUCAGAAUGUAUCGAUGGCGGAGCGACUGAACAACAUCCUCACUGAACUGCUUGCCGAAGGCGGACUUCCCCCCGCUGCAAUGGCCCAACGCCGCACUUCUUUGGCUCGUGUACUGAAUAGUCUUCACGAUCUUAAGGCGGAUGUGCAUGGCGUCCUCCAGUCAGGUUCGUUGUUGUCACUGUUUCUCCUAAAUGUUGUAAUUCGCCUCGAAAAUGUUUUGAGCCCUCGCACCGACAGCCAACAACGGUAUUUUUGUGUAUACAACUUGUUUCUCUGA